AUAAUUUGACGUUUUAAUGUCCAUCGUUAGUUAUUAUUGUGAUGUGGUUAACAUAGUUUUCCUAUUGACAAUUAUUGAAAAUUGUAUCUUAAUUGACAGAUUUGACUGUAACUUGCCGUGGUACAACUAAUCAUUAUAAAAAUUACAUAAUUUAGUUUAAAAAUCUUAAAUUGAAUAAAUUAUUGCACGUUAAACACCUGUGUUUUUAUGUAUUAUAAUUAUAAUAAAAAGCUAAGAUAAUAAAGCUAAUUGUUUAUCUCAUUACGAAAAUCGUUAAGACAUAUUAAAUUCUUAUUUAAUUCAAGUUGUACAUGGUAUGAUAGCAAUGGACGACGUAUCAGACAAUAACAAAAUAUGGAGAAUGCUGUUUGCCGAAUUUUUGGGCACGGCUAUUCUAUUGUUUCUUGGUUGUGGCAGCAUUAUGUGGCUUAACGGUUCAACUAAUUCAUCAGAUAUCCUAGCAAUCUCUCUGACUUUUGGUUUCACAAUAGCAACACUAGUACAGAUAUUCGGUCAGACCAGUGGAUGUCAUAUCAACCCAGCAGUCACGGUUAGCUUUUUGGUGAGCGGCCAAUGCUCUUUUUUGAAAUCUGCUCUGUACAUAGCUGCACAGUGUUUGGGGGCUAUAGCCGGUAUCUACCUUCUAGAAUUUGUUACUCCAGACGCAGUAACUAAAGGCUUAGGAAAGACAGACAUAAACACACUGCUUCAACCGGGACAAGGAUUCGUCGUAGAAGCAUUCAUUACCUUUAUUCUAGUGUUGGUUAUUCACUCGGUCUGCGAUGAAGCCAACCGAAGCAACAUAGUUACGCCGUCCAUUUCCAUAGGUCUGACCAUUGCUGCCGCCCACCUAGCAGCG